CGGUGACGUGUCCUCCAGCCGGCUUCAUUGACACAGUCACUUUCUCCGUCUGACCGGUGAGCGGCUGGUGGGCGGGGCUAAGCUGAAACCAUUAGCUGGCUAAGCAUUGUGGGAAACGUAGUCCAGCAUAGCUGGAGUUUCACAGGGUCGCCCAUUACGACUUCAGCCCCUGAAUAAACCUUAACUAACAGACUGCUAGCCAAGAGGUCACAUUGGGCUGGUCAAGUCUGUUUGGAACUACAUCUCCCAUGAUGCUCUACAUGUCAUUAGGAUGACAAAGCAUCAUGGGAGUUGUAGUUCUAAAAAAAACUUUUUAAAAAGUCUGAGGCUCCUUUUAUAUAGAUAGUGUGCUGAUAAUUUGAAAGUGAAACAACCAGGGUUUCAAUCUGUAGAGUACAUUUUCUGGAACUCCAAAAUUAAUUACAAAUUUUAGGCCAAAAAUUGAAGAAUUAGUAAAAAAAAAAAUUUUUUUUAAAUCCUCCUAGUGUGCUAUGUUUUCAUUUUUCUGUUUUGGUCUAAAAUGUGAGCUUUUUAAAAAUACAAAAAUCCUGAUUGCACUUUAGUAGAUAAAUAACCCGAUCUUCUUAUUAACAGAUAAAAAAUGUGAACAUUAUUUGGCUACGUUGAGUAAGGGAUAUCGCCAGCACCCAUAAAAAAAAUAUCUUUAUGGAGAUAGAAUUCAGUGACAAUGCACCUCGCCAGAAAGUAACUAUUAAACAUGUGGGUAAUUGGUAAAUCUGACUCUAGACAGAGCUGACACAUUCUUAUAAUAUUCAUAUUUAUAAAGCGCCAACAGAUUCCGCAACGCUGUACAAUAGGUGGACUGAAGACAAGUAUUUGUAGCCAGACAAGGACGCACAGGAACAGUGGGAUCAAGGGCCCUGCUCAAAUGAGCUUACAUUCCAAGGCGAGUGGGGUAAAGUGACGCAAAAGGUAAGAGAAAAAUGUAUUUCAUGUUCGGGAAAAAUAAGUUGCUAGAAGAGUUUAUAAAUAUUGCUAUCAUUCACCUUGAUCCUACAUUUGGUUGGCCCAUUCACAUGUCCAAAAUUUUGCGUAAUUAGAUCACUUUAAUCAUAUGAAGAGCCUGCAGUUUAACUGUCAUUAACAGUUAAUAUAUUUCCUUAAUUAGGUUACUCUGAUCUUUACAGAAAUGACCCUCUAAUACACUGGACAUGUAAUUGUAAUUAGAUCAACACCAUCACAAACAGACAGGGCCCUUUAAAGAGGAACUGUCGCCUCCUAGACUAUUUCUCAAUCAGACGUUAGCUGUGUUACUGUUGCAUCUCAUAGCAUAUACUAGGCACUCCACAUGUUGUGGACUACAUCACCAUUGAUGCUUUUCUAAUAGUAUGUCUGCAAGAGCAUUGCGGAUAAUGUAGACCACAACACCUGCAGUGCCGAAUGGUUGCCGAAACCUGUAACUAGGAGGUUGUCAAAUAAUCAGAAAAUAGAGGAAUACCUGAACAUUCAUGCACUUAUACAGCAUUACAUUAUGGAAGAAGGUAUCUAAUGCACACAUAUGUGUGUACCCUGUGCAAUUUAGGAAGACGGUCUUACUUUAAAUUCAGCUGCAUUAUUUAUACCAGAAAGUGCUUCAAGAGAAGGCUGUUCCCUUUAAGUGCAUUUAACAUAUCAUUGUCAUUAGGCCGUUUAAUAUAUUAUAUAAGUUUUUGUCAUUAGGUCACUUAACUCGAUCUUAAAGCAAUGUAAUAACACGUCAGUGGAAAUUGAGCUUAUAUUAUAUAUGUAACUGUUAAGUCACUUAGUUCCUACACUGAUCUGGCCCUCCAGUGCAUAAAACAUGUCACAGUCAUUAGGUCACUAGUCCUUAAAAUCUUAAAUUAGUUCUGGGAUAAUGGGAAAAGUCUUCCGCAGUCAAACGUCCACGCAGUAAUGCCACCAAUUGGGUUACCAACAGUUCCUACUCAAUACUAGCGAUUGGCAAAAUGGCAGAGGGGAUUCUGUAAAGGAGACUAUUUUACCAUAGUAGCAAGAAAGUGUUAUAAACCAAAAGAUGGUUCUCACGCCUUACACUUGCCAGAAUUGGCAGAGCCAUGACCUUUGUCAUUGCUUUGCGGAAGCUUCCCUUAACUUGCUAAAAGUGAAUGCUCCAACACUGGGAGGUAUGAAACCGUGAUUGAUGUAGCUCCAAAAGUCGCGGUUUCAAGCACGCUGUGACAUGUUGAAAUGCAGUGGGGUGACCAAACUAGCUUUUAAAAAUGAUACCUGUAUUGACAAAGCCAACAUGUGCCUUGCUGGCCAACCAGUACUGUAUCCACAAAAAACCAGUACCGUAUCCACAAAAAAACGCUUUACCACUCAAGGAUCGGUUUUGAGAUACUUUUGUUCAGUUACCAUACAACUUACCCAACAGAGUUUCACCCACUCGACAAAGAACCCACAAGGUGUUAAAACACUUGUGUGGUGGGCCGAGUAGAAGAUCAUUGAGGGAUGGAGCAUUUAAAACACGUGUGUGGUGGGUUGAGUAGAAGAUCAUUGAGGGAUGGAGCAUUUAAAACACUUGUGUGGUGGGUCGAAUAGCAUAUCAUUGAAGGAUGGAGCAUUUAAAACACUUGUGUGGUGGGUCAAGUAGAAGAUCAUUGAGGGAUGGAGCAUUUAUGUUUAAAAAAGACAAGUUUGCUUUUGGAUGGAGACAGUAUCUAAAUCCCACUCAGGUGAUUGCCUCUUCGCUCAAUGUAUUUAAUUUGCUAUCAAGGUCUUCACAUGUCUGUAUCUAAUGCCCACUCAGGUGAUUGCCUGUCUGCUUAUUGUAUUUAAUUUGAUAGCGAGACCUACGCAUGUCCAGAGCUCUAUCAGGUUCCCUAUUAUUUGGACAGAAACUUGUAGAUAGAUAAGACUAUAACAACAUGCCCACUUACUCUGUGUUUGGAGACCUUCUCUGAAUGUCAAAUUAUUUUGAAGUACAUGUGUUCGGCAACCAUCACACUGUGUUACCUUCUUGAAGAGCUCCUACAUGAAUUUAUGACGGGCCUUUUUAACAUGUCUGUGGUCAGGUCCCUUGAAUCCAAUCUCAUUCGCUUUUAUGUCUGUUAACGUGCUCUCCCCUUUUAGAAAUGGACAAGGUACAUGUUGCAGGUAUUGCCGUUGCCAAUGUGCUACAGACACACCUCCGCGGCUCUGAGGAAUUCUGGCUGUGGGUGACUUAUCUCGGGGACCCUGCCUGUGUCUUUCUUAUAUACUUCCCUCUGGUUUAUUCCUACACGCGCAGACUCGGAGUGACUGUCCUGUGGCUGGCUUUAAUUUCUGAAUGGCUCAAUCUUGUGUUAAAAUGGUGAGGCUCACUUAAUAUCUUUUUUAAUGUAAUCUGUAACGCAUUUGUUCUUGUUAAUUUAAUAUGUUGAUAGCAGAUAUGGUGAGUGCCCCCAGGCGAUGAUGUACUUAUUCUACCAACCAUUCAUGGGUACUCCCUCUUCCUUUCUAGUCUACUUUUCUGAUCUCUUUUUCCGCUAAGUUUCUCUUCUGACAACUCUUCUCUCUUUUUCAAUCUUAAAGUGUUUUUUUUGUCUCUAUCCCUUUUUUCUCUCAUUCAUCUGUAAUUGUUUCUGCUUCCACUUUCAUCUAGUUUUUUUUUUGUUUUUUUUACCUCCUCACUCUUUACUGUCUCCUGGAAUUUUCCACCUUAACCUCUUCUCAGCAGUCACCCACCUCUGCCUUUUUGUCUGUGCUUCAGAUCCACCACUGCAUUUCUAUCUAUUCCCCCUCAUCCACCACUGCAUUUCUAUCUAUUCCCCCUCAACCACCACUGCAUUUUUUAUCUAUUCCAUCUCAUCCACCACUGCCUUUGUAUCUAAUACCCCUCAUCCACCAUUGCCUUCUUAUCUAUUCCCCCUCAUCCACUACUGCCUUUGUAUCUAUUCCCCCUUAUCCACCACUGCCUUUGUAUCUAUUCCCCCUCAUCCACCACUGCCUUUGUAUCUAUUCCCCCUCAUCCACCACUGCCUUUGUAUCUAUUCCCCCUUAUCCACCACUGCCUUUGUAUCUAUUCCCCCUCAUCCACCACUGCCUUUGUAUCUAUUCCCCCUCAUCCACCACUGCCUUUGUAUCUAUUCCCCCUUAUCCACCACUGUCGUGGCCUAUUCUUCCUAAAAGCAUGCUGUUGUGGUUAAAGUGCCAAGUGUGCCCUAGCGCCCUCCGGAACCCAUUGCGAGUCAAAUCGGUUUAGAAUGGUUUGAUUUCUUACCUGGGAUCCACCGGACAUCUCCUACUUUUAAAAUGCUAAAAAAUAGGUUUAAAAGAAGUUUUCACGUACAUUAAUCCAACGCCUGGCGAAGCUCCUGGUUCUACUUGACAGCCCCCUGUUUGAUGUCACUAGGACCUGUGUGGAGAUUUAAUCAAAGGCUUCUCCUAGACAUGCUUUUGCUUGAAUUUUAUGAAGGGAGAAGAGAGGAAGAAAGGUAGGGAAAGGAGGAGGAAGAAGGGCGAGAGACAAAAAAAAAAAAAUAUUAUCGGAGGGUAUAGGGAGAGGGGGAGACACAAGCUUCCCCUUGGACAGAAAAUGCACAUAACUGAGAUUAGGCAGUCUGGAACAGAGUCUGCAUAAGUCACUAGGUGGGGAUGUGAAUUCCUGCACAUCCAGACUCCUACCACCGUUACCACUUCAAAAAGCAGAAAUGGUCAUGGUGGUUGGAGUAAUCCUUUAAGCACGAUAGGGCAGGGCGCAGAUAAUUGGCUGAGAAUGAUCAGCUGACACUCUCAACCAAUAAACUAACCAUGCAAGGCAGGGCUUAGCUCUGUAAGGCUAACAAAAGCUCUCCAUCCGACUCUCGGUCAGAAGUAGUCUAGUGGGGAGCGACUACCGGCAGACGCCAGGUACGAUGUAAAACCAUUCUUAAACAGUUUGAAUACUUACAGUGUGCUCUUGUGGUUAUGGUGCAUGGAGUGUUCUUUUAAUCACUUAUGUCCCUUGUGUUUUGUGCUCUUAUCUUUUCUUCCUUACCCACCUGUGUUCCUGCUCACAAUCCUCAGCCAACAUUUAUAUGAUGUGGCAAAUUAUCCGAACUAUUUAGUUGAAAAGGCAUACUUAUUUUUUAUUCCCUCCCCCACCCUCUUUUGAUAACAAAUGAAUAUGUAAAAUGUUGAUUUAAAUGGUUUUAAAUAGUCAGAAGAGUCCAGCUUGGUAUUUAAGUGUCAGAGUUACCCUCUCCAAUAUCCCCUCCCCUGGUGAUAUUUUGAUAUUGGGGUGUUGGGAAGAGUGAGAAUUGAGGCAUACUUCCCCACUGGCUGCUUCUCAUGCCUCUAUCUUCCAGUAUAUCUUUAGGAAAGACCACAGGAUUCUAAAUAAGUAAUGAGAUAAUCUGUCUGUCUAUCUGUCCUCAAGAACUGUGAACUUUUUUUCUGGUAGGUGCAUACAGAAUUUCAUAAUAAUUGUGGAAAACACAGAGAAGACCGAGCUUAUGGUCUAAUGACAACAAAUUGCAUGAUAUAUAUGUCCAUCUGCCAUAACUUUCCCAUUUUUGUCGAAGGUUCCUGUUUGGUGAACGUCCAUUUUGGUGGAUAUUUGAAUCUGGAAAAGACAGUGAUGUAAAACUGAAGCAAUUCUCUUCAACAUGUGAGACAGGACCUGGUGAGUGUGGAUAUGUAUCUGAAGUACAGUGGGCUGCAUUAUGGUUGUCCAACCUUGGCCACCUUGCUAUACUUGGACUGCAAUCCUCUUAGAGGAACAUUCUGGGCAUCAAGCCAGCUCAGAUGGUCACUCCAAACUUAGUUUUUCAACUGUUUGUCUCUUACCUGAUUCCUGCCAAGCCUUAUCUAGUGCCAGCUGACCGGUAUCCCGUUUCUUCAGAGAUACAGAAGCUGGAUGCCAACCCAAGCAUUCAUUCAUUGACUGAGAACAUCAGCUGAGCACUCUGAGCAAAUGAGUGAAACGCUGCAAGAAAUAUGCACAGAUUUGACAUUAGUCAGCCCAGAACUAUCAUUCCAGACUGGCUAAUGAUGUGACACCUUUGGCAGCUAACCUAAAUAUCUCUGUGUGUGCACAUAUAGGCUCAAUGCACUAUGACCACUUCAAAACACUGAUACUUUUAGAGAACAGUAACAAACCUAUAUUGGCUGCUUGAAUUAAAGGGACACUAUAGUCACCUGAACAACUUUAGCUUAAUGAAGCAGUUUUGGUGUAUAGAACAUGCCACUGCAGCCUCACUGCUCAAUCCUCUGCCAUUUAGGAGUUAAAUCCCUUUGUUUAUGAACCCUAGUCACACCUCCCUGCAUGUGACUUGCACAGCCUUCCAUAAACACGUCCUGUAAAGAGAGCCCUAUUUAGGCUCUCUUUAUUGCAAGUUCUGGUUAAUUAAGAUUUUCUUAUCCCCUGCUAUGUUAAUAGCUUGCUAGACACUGCAAGAGCCUCCUGCAUGUGAUUAAAGUUCAAUUUAGAGAUUGAGAUACAAUUAUUUAAGGUCAAUUACAUCUGUUUAAAAGUGAAACCAGUUUUUGUUUUCAUGCAGGCUCUGUCAAUCAUAGCCAGGGGAGGUGUGGCUAGGGCUGCAUAAACAGAAACAAAGUGAUUUAACUCCUAAAUGACAGUGAAUUGAGCAGUGAAAUUGCAAGGGAAUGAUCUAUACACUAAAACUGCUUUAUUUAGCUAAAGUAAUUUAGGUGACUAUAGUGUCCCUUUAAUGACUCCUGUAAAACAAUAUUUUAUAUUUAAAAAAUGAAUUUUAAAUGUUUAAUAGUGAAUAAGAUAGCACACCGCCAUACAGAAAUCCCAAGUGCUCAUUGUUACUACAUAGUCAAAGGAGCACUAUAGGGUUAAAACCACAAUCUAGCCACCCUGGUCCCCUCAUGCUUCCCUAAAAUUAGUGAAAUCUUACUUGUAUUCAAGCCUGGAGCUGCAUACUUUGUCCCUGUUUCCUUUAGACCUGCCCACUGCCUGCUGACAUCAGCAGAAGUGGUAGCCUGAUCCAAUCACAGUAGGAUUGGCUGAGACUGACAAAAAGGCAGAUCAGGGGCAGAGCCAGCAUGAUUCAAACACAGCCCUGACCAAUCAGCAUCUCCUCAUACAGAUGAAUUGGAUCAAUGAAUCUCUAUGAGGAAAGUUCAGUGUCUGCAUGCAGAGGGAGGAGAUACUGAAUGUUUGGAUGCAUUUUAGGCAGCCAUGACCCAGGAAGGAUCUCUAACAGCCAUCUGAGGAGUGGCCAGUGAAGUUAUCACUAGGCUGUAAUGUAAACACUGCAUUUUCUCGCAAAAGACAGUGUUUACAGCAAAAAGCCCGAAGGUAAUGAUUCUACUCACCAGAACAAAUUCAAUAAGCUGUAGUUGUUCUGGUGACUAUAGUGUCCCUUUAACUUCUGUUUACCAAAAAGAAAGCAAAAAAAAAAACCCCAAAAACUAUUUUAAAGCAAUUUCCAAUCGUGCCACAAAAUAGCAAUCAAAUAUCCUCCUUUUCUCAAAUAUGGUCAUUUGAUUUCUCCAUGGAACAUUUGUUUCAUAACAUUUAAGGGAACACCCCAAACACCACCACUUCAGCUUCAAGAUACCUAACUUCCAUUUCUUUCUAAUGGUAUGCACUGUAAACUGGAGAAGUGUUUGUUUGGCCAUUCCUUUUUACACUUCUUGGAAUAUAUCCUCUCUGGUUUCCAGUGGAUCCCAAACAGCUGGCCACUGCCACAAGGUCUUAAGCCUAUGCAGUGAUUUGUUGGGAAUUGCCAAUAAUUACUGUAAAUUUGUUAAAUUCUAUUCCCAAAAUGUGUCAGCCAAAUCAGCCAUGACAAAAAAAAAGGCUAAAGCCCACAACUGGACUACUGAAGCCUUACAUGUUUUUAAGACCUUAAAAAAAGGCUUUUUGCAUAAGCUCCCAUUUUGGUACACCCAGAUCCCAUCAGACCCUUCAUACUUCAGUUAGAUGCAUCUAAACACGGUCUGGGUGCCAUACUACGACAAAGCAUCCUGAGGUUAAUGUGCAUUCUUGUGGUUUUAUUCUUGUGGUUUUAUUCCCCAGCAGAGCACAACUAUGAUAUUGGCAAUAGAGAAAUUGUAUCAAUAAUUGCUGCCUUUUAAAAUGGUGUCAUUUAUUGGACCACAAGAUGGCAUCAUUUAUUCACUGACUACAAGUUAGUAAGUAAUGCCAAGUGACUAUCCUCUAGACAAGCUCUUCCUCUAUCAUUUCAACUUUCUGAGUGCAUAUCACCCAGGCACUCAUAAUGUCAAAGCAAAUUCCCUUUCCAGACAAUUUGAGACUUUGAGGAGGACGAGAGUCUACACAUUGUUCCUUCUGAAAGGAUAGUCACAUUCACCCAUUGUCUCCUCUGAUAUUGUGAAAUACAUACAAAAGAAACAAUCCCUUGUCUAAUAAAAAUGUAUGAACAAAAAUAUCAAAACAAUUUUAGAAAAAAAUAAAAGUGGUGGAUGCCACAAGGUAUUCAGUAGGGGGAACAUGGCCUCUCAGGGAGAUUUUUUGAACUCCCUACCAGUUUGUACAGUGGUAGGUGUGCUCUCUGAUCCAGCACACCAGGCAAAUGUGUGGUUCUCCUAAUGGAAUCAUCAGUCCUGAAUCCCAGUGAAUGUUGUACAGUUUGAAUGAGUGACAAUAAAAUUGUCAGCUCAACCAAUGACAGAUCCGUGUGAGCGGAGAGUUGACUUGACUUUGCCUCCCGGCCAAUCACUGCCGUCAUAUUAUCUUCAUACACCAUUCUCAGGGAAAAUGGAGUAGAUAAUAGGACAGUGAUUAGUUGUGAGGUGGAGUCAUGUUAGCGGCUCAACUCACACUGAUCUCUUAUUUGCUGAGUACGUACACUGAGUGAUAGAAUCACUGCAUGGGUGGGGAGCCAAAACCUGUCAUGUGCACUUAAGUUGUGUUGGUUUCUGUGCUGCCCUCUUUUGUCUGAGUGAGAUAUCCAGAAAAUUCAGCUGCUGGACAUCCAUAUAGUCUACCUAUUAAACAAAUCAAAAACAAAAGAAGAACUUUAUUAUUCCUAUACAGAUGUAAUGUGUCAAAAUUCGAAUUUAAAAGAACCAUAAUAACCGCAGACCACUGUAGUGGUUAAGGUGCCCUGGAACCACCCCACUGUAAGUAGUCAAAUCAUUUUAGUACAGUUUGACAGUUUACCUUGGUCCUGCCGGACGUGACAACCCCAGCUUCUGGGUUUUCUCGCUUAGAACAUCCAGUUAGCAAUACUGAGUUAAGCUGGGCCAGGUGGACAGUGCUCAGUGAUCAGCUCUGCAUUCUAUUAAUCUGUAUUUUUUUUCUUUCUAGGAAGCCCUUCAGGACACUGCAUGAUCACCGGAUCUGCCCUUUUGCCAGUAGUAAUUUUCUUAACUAAGCAAUGGUCACAAAGGUAAAGAUCUCUUCCAGGUCUUUUAGUUUUUCCUUUUGUAUAAUGUAAAACUACUAUACCACAUGUCUGCACAGCAAACAGCAUUAUUUUACUUUAUAUUCUAUGUCUGUAUGCAGCCCAGCUGUGAACAUCAGGUCCCAAAAUCCCUCAACUUUAGUUUAAUGAUGUGUAUAGAUCAUGCCCCUGCAGUCCCACUGCUCAAUUCUCUACCAUUUAAGAGUUAAAGCACUUUGUUUUUGCAGUUCUAGCCACACCUCCUCUGGCUGAAACUUACAAGCUCUCCUUACCAUUUCCUAUAAACAGAGAUCUAAUUUUUAAACUUCCUUUAUUGCAUAGUUUGUUUAAUUUAGAAUUGUGUAUCUCCUGCUAUUAAUUUCCCUCUAGAAACAGCCCUCUGUGAGUGAUUAAAGUUCAAUUAAGAGAGCAGGAGAUAAAAACUUCUAAAGUGGAUGUGUUGCAAGCUGAUAGAAAAUGAAACCAGGGGUGGUGUGGCUAUGGCACAUAAACAAAGUAAUUUAUCUCCUAGAUGGCAGAGAACUGAGCAGUGAGACUGCAUAGGAAUAAUCUAUAACCUGAGCUAAAGUUGUUUUGGUGCUUUAAGAAGUUUGCAUUGCUGCUGUAUUUGACAUGGUUACUGAACAAGUGAAUAUGUAUAUUUCCAGGGGAACAUAUCGCUUUAUUCCAAUUUUUCUCUAUUCUCUGCUUAUGAUGGGGAUAGCAGUAUCCAGAGUCCUUAUCCUGGCACACUUUCCUCACCAAGUUGUGGCUGGUAUUAUUACUGGUAAGUGGUCAAAGUAACUACAAUGAUUUAGAGGAACAUUAUAUCUAUUCUGUAAUCUAUACUGUCUGUCUGAGCCUGUCCUGAUAAUCUGCAGUCAGGAGGUCGCUGUACAUUAUAUAUAAACCCAGCGCUGUCUGAGCCUGUCCUGAUAAUCUGCAGUCAGGAGGUCACUGUACAUUAUAUAUAAACCAAGCGCUGUCUGAGCCUGUCCUGAUAAUCUGCAAUCAGGAGGUCACUGUACAUUAUAUAUAAACCCAGAGCUGUCUGAGCCCGUCCUGAUAAUCUGCAGUCAGGAGGUCACUGUACAUUAUAUAUAAACCCAGCGCUAUCUGAGCCUGUCCUGAUAAUCUGCAGUCAGGAGGUCGCUGUGCAUUAUAUAUAAACCAAGCGCUGUCUGAGCCUGUCCUGAUAAUCUGCAAUCAGGAGGUCACUGUACAUUAUAUAUAAACCCAGAGCUGUCUGAGCCCGUCCUGAUAAUCUGCAGUCAGGAGGUCACUGUACAUUAUAUAUAAACCCAGCGCUAUCUGAGCCUGUCCUGAUAAUCUGCAGUCAGGAGGUCGCUGUGCAUUAUAUAUAAACCAAGCGCUGUCUGAGCCUGUCCUGAUAAUCUGCAAUCAGGAGGUCACUGUACAUUAUAUAUAAACCCAGAGCUGUCUGAGCCCGUCCUGAUAAUCUGCAGUCAGGAGGUCACUGUACAUUAUAUAUAAACCCAGCGCUAUCUGAGCCUGUCCUGAUAAUCUGCAGUCAGGAGGUCGCUGUACAUUAGAUAGGAACCCAGUGCUGUUUGAGCCUGUCCUGAUAAUAUUCAGUCAGGAGGUCGCUGUAGAUUAUAGAUAAUCCCAGCGCUGUCUGAGCCUGUCCUGAUAAUCUGCAAUCAGGAGGUCGCUGUACAUUAUAUAUAAACCCAGCCUGUCUGAGCCUGUCCUGAUAAUCUGCAGUCAGGAGGUCGCUGUACAUUAUAUAAAAACCCAGCGCUGUCUGAGCCUGUCCUGAUAAUCUGCAGUCAGGAGGUCGCUGUACAUUAUAUAUAAACCCAGCACUGUCUGAGCCUGUCCUGAUAAUCUGCAGUCAGGAGGUCACUGUACAUUAUAUAUAAACCCAGCGCUGUCUGAGCCUGUCCUGAUAAUCUGCAGUCAGGAGGUUGCUGUACAUUAGAUAGAAAACCAGUGCUGUCUGAGCUUGUCCUGAUAAUAUUCAGUCAGGAUGUCGCUGUACAUUAUAGAUAAACCCAGCACUGUCUGAGCCUGUCCUGAUAAUCUGCAGUCAGGAGGUCACUGUACAUUAUAUAUAAACCCAGCGCUGUCUGAGCCUGUCCUGAUAAUCUGCAGUCAGGAGGUCGCUGUACAUUAGAUAGAAAACCAGUGCUGUCUGAGCUUGUCCUGAUAAUCUGCAGUCAGGAGGUCGCUGUGCAUUAUAUAUAAGCCCAGCGCUGUCUGAGCCUGUCCUGAUAAUCUGCAGUCAGUAGUUUGCUGUACAUUAUAUAUAAACCCAGCACUGUCUGAGCCUGUCCUGAUAAUCUGCAGUCAGGAGGUCGCUGUACAUUAUAUAUAAACCCAGCGCUGUCUGAGCCUGUCCUGAUAAUCUGCAGUCAUGAUGUCGCUGUGCAUUAUAUAUAAACCCAGCGCUGUCUGAGCCUGUCCUGAUAAUCUGCAGUCAGAAGGUCGCUGUACAUUAUAUAUAAACCCAGCGCUGUCUGAGCCUGUCCUGAUAAUCUGCAGUCAGGAGGUCGCUGUACAUUAUAUAUAAACCCAGCGCUGUCUGAGCCUGUCCUGAUAAUCUGAAGUCAGCAGACAUAAGUAACCUUAAGUAACCCUUUUUCGGUUUCCGCACUAGGUGUUUUCUUGGGUCAGGUGUUGGAACGUACCGUACCCAGAAAUCGCAGUUUUGGCUUUUUUGCACUGGCUUCUUUGCUCCUCCUGUUUGGUGCUGUUUUUAUAAACUGGGUAAUGACGGUAUCCGGAGUGGACCUCUCGUGGUGAGUAUGUUCAGUACAAAACAAGAGGGUGAACUAAAUUCAGCAUGAAAGACUGGUAAUAUACAAAUCAAUCUUGCAGACAUUGUAGUUGAUACUUGGAAUAGCUAACCAGGAGAUUACAGUUAGGAUAAUAAAGGCAGCUUGGGAUCUGCAUAAAGCUUUUCAAUUUAGAAAAGGUUAGACUAGGUGGGCAUGCGUUUAAAGGGACACUAUAGUCACAAGAACAACUACAGUUUAUUGCAUUUGCUCUGGUGAGUAUAGUCAGUCCCUGCAGGCUUUUCCCAGAAAAAAAUGCAGUGUUUACAUUACAGCCUAGGGAAACCUCCAGUGGCCACUCCUCAGAUUGCCACUGGAGGUGCUUCCUGGGGCAGUGGUGCACAGUAGGCAGUAGUUGGGCAUAUGUGAGAGACAAUGUAACAUGAGAGGAUCAAACAUUUGUGAUUGUGUUCUACCUCUACACAGGGCCAGAUUAACAUAGGGGCUGAUGGAGCUGCAGCUCCAGGCCCAGGCCCAGGCCCAUGGAAUAGGCCCAUUUUUUUUACACACUAUUCUUAGGUUUGCCACCUGACUGGUAUUUUACUGGCACAGCCGGUAUUUGAGGCUGCCUGGCCGUGCCGGUAUUGCAGUAAUACUGGCAAUACAAAUGCAGGUAUUUUUCUCAGAAUAAAUGGAGAUUACUCUGCAAUACCAGCACCGGCCAGUAGGGGUCACUGUGUGUGGAGAGAGGCCGGGAUAGGAAGUUACAGCAUAUCCCUGCCUCUCUCUACUACUCACUGAUCCAUGGGGGAGCAGCUACACAGCAGCUCAAGUAAGUGAGGGAUGGGGGGAAAGGCAGCAGGGACACAGACACUAGGGGACACAUGGGGACACUGAGACACUAGGGGACACUGAGACACUAGGACACAUGGGGACACAGACACUGGGAGACCUGGGAACACUGAGACACUUGGGGACACUGGAAAACAAGGGGACUCUGAGACACUAGGGGACACUGGGACACAUGGGGAUGCUGAGACACAUGGGGACACUGGGAGACAUAGGGAGACACUGAGACAUUGGGACAUGGAAACACUAUGUCCCCAUGUCUCCCAGUGUCGCCAUGUCCCCCAGCCAGUGUUCCUAGUGUCUCAGUGUCCCCAAGUCUCCCAGUGUCUGUGUCCCAUGUCUCUCAGUGUGCCUAGUGUCCCCCAGUGUCCCUAUAUGUCCCAGUGUCCCCAUGUCUAUGUCCACAACUGUCCCCAUGCCUCCCAGUGUCCCCAAGUGUCUGUCUCCCAGCCAGUGUCCCCUAGUCUCCCAGUGUCUGUGUUCCCAUGUCUCUGUGUCCCCACAUGUUUCAGUGUCCCCAUGUCUCCCUGUGUCUGUGUCCCUAGUGUCUCAGUGUCCCCAUUUCUCCCAGUUUCCCUAAAUGUCUCAGUGUCCCCAUGUCUCCCAGUGUCCCCAUGUCUCUGUGUCCCCAGGUCUGUCAGUGUCCCCAUGUCUCUCAGUGUACCGGGGUCUCUCAGUGUCCCCAUGUCUCACUGUGUCCCCAGUAUCCUAGUGACAUGGGGACACAGAAAAAAACCAAGCAGUCUACUGACAUCAUCAGAAGUGGUGUCCUGAUCCAAUCACAAUGCUUCCCUAUAGGAUUGGCUAAGACUGACAAGGAGGCAGAUCAGGGGCAGAGCCAGCAUGAUUCAAACACAGCCCUGGCCAAUCAGCAUCUCAUCAUAAAAAUUGAAUCAAUGCAUCUCUAUGAGGAAAGUUCAGUGUCUGCAUGCAGAGGGUGGAGACACUGAAUGGCAGUGCUGCACACUAGGCAGUACAGCCUCAGGAAUCACCUCUAGCAGCCAUCUAAAGAGUGGACAGUGGAGUUAUUUUCUCUGAAAAGACAGUGUUUACUGCAAAAAGCCUGAAUGGAAUGAUUCUACUUACCAGAACAAAUACAAUAAGCUGUAGUUGUUCUGGUGACUAUAGUGUCCCUUUCAGUUUGGAAGCUUAAGAGAGAUGUAUGGGAACAAAACUUGUGUGGAUUGGCUGACAAUAAAAUUAGUUUAGGUAAUGCAGACGUUGGUCUCUCUAACACUGUGGCAUGUCCCCUUUCUUCUACACUCACUUCAUACACCUUUUCUCUGUCUUAGACUAUAUACCAGGAACUUCUGCCUGCUAGUAAGAAGGCAAGGAGACAAGUGGACCAGCGAGUGCUAGGGGACAGUCCUUAGAAAGCAUGGAGUGUGCGCAUCAUUAGACGCAUUUAUGUCAAGCUCAGGGUGCUGCCUGCAUAGUAUGCCCUUAGUUGGACAGCCUGCAUGAUUGGCGGGCAGCCUGACAUGCAUUCAUGCCAGGCUGUCCUUCAAAUUCUUUGGACAGACAUGCCCCCUUUUUGGGCAUGUUCUCCCCUUUUGGCAGGUCUGGUCACGUGACUCGCACCAGUGGGCCACCCUUUUACCCCGCCCAUUGACUUCCUGCUUCACUGGACACUGCUGUUAGGGGUUAUGGAUUUACUUGAAAGAUGAAAGCAUAAAUUAGAGAGAGAUUAGCAUAGAGUAUGUGUUUUCUUAUGGCUGCAUCCUAUGAGUAUCCCUCCAGCACCAUCUCCAUCAGAUACAUGAUGCUUGGGAGGUAUGACUGUUUUAGUGUUUUUGGUCGAUAAGAUUCCGUAAUUAGGCCCAUCAUAAUUGUCAGCACCAGGCCCGCUGUGCUCUUAAUCCUGCCCUGCCUCUACAUAGCCUUAUAUCCCAAUAAUGUUGGCUAACUUCAUGUUCAGCCACUCUAUAAUUCACUGUUGGUGGGCAAGUGAGAUCUAGAACAUUGCAUUUUACUAAGCACACAUACAUUCUUCUAGGUCGAUCCACCUGGCCACAAAGUGGUGUUCUAAACCAGAAUGGGUUCAUCCAGAAACAAGACCCUUCUCCUCUGUGACCAGGAGUGCUGGGAACGCGUUAGGACUAGGACUGGCUCUGCAUUGUCCAUUGUACCGCAGUCUGCAGGGUGACAAUACAAGAUGGCUUGAGAGAGGCGUUGAUCUGCUGUUCUCCAUCUUGUUCCUAAAAAUUCUGCUCUUUGUCCCAUUACCAGCCUCAUCCCCAGCGGUCUUCUAUGCCUCCAACUUUUUGCGCCACUCUCUGUGCCCUUUGGCAGUCAUUAUUUUGGCCCCAUUUAUAAAGAAGAAGAUUUGCUUUGGAAACACAUCCAAGAAAGACUAAUGUUCUGCAGACAUCACAUUCUGAGUUGUCAUUUAUUCAGGUUUGUUGGUUUUGAUCUGGAAUUUUCAAGAAAUCUUCUCGCUCCACGUUAUUUUAAAGAACAGUCAAGGUUUUUUUUUCUUUAUUGUUCAAAAAAAAAACAGACAUUAGAAAAGCCAGAUAUGUCCAGUGCCUCCAUCUGAAAGUGAAGGUUUCAGUACAAAUUUAGACUUCUGUCAUUUCUACUGUCCUCUAUUUUACAGAGCAAACCUUCCCCCGAUUUCACAGUUUAGGCACUGCCCUGUUUAUGGUCCUUGUGUCCUAUGUUCUUCAUGUACUUAUUAUGUCUCUAGCCAGUUGUCUGUUGUCCCUUAUAUCUCAGGGUAUCUUUUUUGGGGGUCCUACCUUUUGUGCCUGUCUUCGUCAUGCUCUGUUGCUUUGUGUCACCUUUCGAUCAACAUUUAGUUGAUCCUCUGUGUGCAUCCUCUACCCUCACCCCCCAUUAAAGGAAUGCUUUCAAUCUCAAUGAAGCUGGUAUGGGAGCAUGAGUGCCUGGGUUCCAUCGUACCCUCAGGGAUUAACCAUUUUUCAAUGGUUUAACCCUGAAGUUGGCCACCCAGUUAAACGUUGUGCACUCUGUACUCUCUUUUGAAGUUGAAAGCAAGAAUUAUAAUAUGGCAUUGAAUGACAGAAGGGCUCCCCUUGGGCCAUGUGUCAAACACCCGAUGGAGCAGUGUUUGUGCUGAUUAUUAUAUAGUAUUUACUGUUAAGACCACAUGGGAAUGUUAUGUAGUGUACUGUUAAAGGGACACUAUGGGCACCCAGACCACGUCAUCUCAUUGAAAUGGUCUGGGUGCAGUGUCCCUGUUCCCUUAACCCAGCAAUGUAAAACCUUGUCGUUUUAGAGAAACAGCAAUGUUUACAUUGCAGGGUUAAGACGGCCUCUUGUGGCUGUAUACCAGAGGAACACUAUACUGUUAGGAAUAUAGUUUUAUAUUCCAAACACUAUAGUGUUCCUUUAAGCAAAAACUUUUUUUUGGUAGCUUAGUCCAUGUUUGGUUUUCUUGUUGUAUAUUUAAAGGACCACUCUAGGCACCCAGACCACUUCAGCUUAAUGAAGUGGUCUGGGUGCCAGGUCCAGCUAGGGUUAACCCAUUUUUUUUUAUAAACAUAGCAGUUUCAGAGAAACUGCUAUGUUUAUUUAUGGGUUAAGCCUUCCCCCUAAUCCUCUAGUGGCUGUCUCAUUGACAGCCACUAGAGGCGCUUGCGUGCUUCUCACUGUGAUUUUCACAGUGAGAGCACGCCAGCGUCCAUAUGAAAGCAUUGUAAAUGCUUUCCUAUGCGACCGGCUGAAUGCGCGCGCAGCUCUUGCCGCGCGUGCGCAUUCAGCCGACUGGGCGGAACGGAGGAGGAGAGCUCCCCGCCCAGCGCUGGAAAAAGGUAAGUUUAAACCCCUUUCCCCUUUCCAGAGCCGGGCGGGAGGGGGACCCUCAGGGCACUAUAGUGCCAGGAAAACGAGUAUGUUUUCCUGGCACUAUAGUGGUCCUUUAAAGGGGAGCAGUAAGUGUCAUAACCAGUACACAUUGUCGUGGUUAUGAUGCUAUGAGUGCUUUCAUCUGGUUUUCUGUCAAACUGUUUUUGAAUAUGGCUUUUGCCAGCACAGAAAGCUUCAUUCCUCUGUAGCCUCUCAGUAAUGAGAUUCACUCGCAUGUUAUCCGUCCAUAAAUGUCCAGCCUUGAAAAGCAUUGAAAGAAUGAGAUGACUCAACUUACCUACCCAAAUAUAUAUAUGACAGGUCAUGAUUCCCUUUUAUUCCAGAAGUUUGGUCUUUAAGGGGUUAAAAGCUUAUUUUGUUGUACCACUUAGGGGAAGUAAGGACAGUGGGCAAGGGUAACUAACAGGGUUAUUCACUGUCACUUUGCAGAUUUAAAAAAUCCAAAUCUGGUCAGGAUUCGGUCAGUCUGACCAAUUCUCUGUCAUUCAUUUGGAAAGGUUCGGAAAAUAAGUAAUAAUCUCCAUGUUACUAAAAGGUCAUGUCUCGUAAAUGUUUAAAACUAAUGACUGUAAAGCCUUUGCUGCCCAGUUGCUAGAAAAGGUCCUAUCUCAUGGGGAUGGGGUCUGAGAAAUAACUGGGGAGGAGGGGGGGAAAUAACACAAUUUGAGGGGGUGUACAAUGUCAUGUGCACCCCUCCUCCUUAUUUAAUUAAUUAGAGCCCCAACCAACUCCUAUGCGUGGGGCUGUUGGGAGGGGGGGGAGGGGGGGACACUAUAGUCACCAGAACAACUACAGCUUAUUGUAUUUGUUCUGGUAAGUAGAAUCAGUACCUUCAGGCCUUUUGCUGUAAACACUGUCUUUUUAGUGAAAAUGCAGUGUUUACAUUACAGCCUAGUGAUAACUUCACUGGCCAGUCCUCAGAUGUCUGUUAGAGAUCAACAAAGGGCUGAAAGCAUGGAACAAGAUGAGAGGGGGAGAACAACAGUUAACAAGAGCCCACCUGCCUACAUAACUUCUACUAUGGUCCAAACCGAAUCACCAACGGAAGGCCGUAGGAACACUGACAACAACGUGGCUCCUACGCUGCAAGCAAGUAAUCACCCUCUAUGGCCUGAAGCACCUUUCCUCACCACUGGACUGUAUUUUGCCCACAGAGGGCAUAGGCUGAACGAGGCUGCAUGAUGGGAUUCUCGGCUAACAAUUUUUCCCUCACCAAUUAGAGUAUUAUUUCUUAGUUUAUCGGUUAAAUCUUUGCCUUGUUUAAUCAACUCUCAUGUACAUGGUACAGCUGGUCCUGGCACUGUAUUUGGGCCCAAAGCUUGGGGAGUCUGCUAAUAUCUUACUGGGCAGCCUCCUAGGGGGAUAAAAACGACAGUCCCUUGACAUCAGUCUUGUUACUCUCCUUCUUUAUUAUUUUUAUUUUUACAACUGUUCCUCUCUAGUCUAGAUUAUUUUUUUCUAAAAAUAGGCGUAGACCUUAAUCUAAGUCUAGACAAGCCUGCCUACUUAUACUCACUCAUACAAAUGUGCAUGUCCUACUAAUCUGUUUAGCAUGUAUAACACCUGUUUAUUCUCAGAUACCUCACUCGCAUAGUCAGCCGGUAUAGCCUGAUUUUUUAAUUUCUUUCGCAUACUGUUGUCACACCACUGACUAUUGCCUUGUUAUUACUUGAUGACCCUUAUACAAAAAUGUGCAUUUAUUUUCUAUGCCACAACUGUUAUGCUUUGUCAAUUUCUAUACAUGCUACUGCUGUUGGGGCAUGGCAUUAAUGCUUGUUAUAUUAACGCAUGCACAAAAAAUAAAGAAUUAUAAAAAAAAUAAAUAAAAAAAAAAUCCUAAAUACACCACUGGGAUCAGGCCACCACUUCUGAUGAUGUCAGAGGAAGUUCACAGGCAGAUGCAGAUGCAGCCGCUUCAGACUUGAAUACAAGUAAGAUUUUACUAUUUUUAGGGAGGCCAAGGGGGCUAGAUAGUGGUUUUAACACUAUAGGGUCAGGAAUACAUGUUUGUGUUCCUGACCGUAUAGUGAUCCUUUAAUAUUAUGGCACCCACCCUCCACCAGUGCUUGAUGGGUCGGGUUGUACACUAACUUCUCCCCCAUGAAUCUUACAACAGCCCCCCACCCACUCAUGGGGGGGGCAGGGGAAACAUAAGGAUGUCCCCCUAUUUUCUGCCCACCCCACUUACUUUUUUUUUUUUUUUAAAGUCCCCUAACCGCUGCUUACGAGUGGUGGUAUGGGGGGACUAUGUUUUUCUAGCGACUGGUCAGCAGUGUUUUAAAUGUUUAGUAGAUAUGCCCUCGCUUGCCAUUUAAAUCCUCCUUUAUAGUAAUAUGGGGUUCUGUGGCUCUCCCCCAUAGACUUUUUUUAUUUAUUCAAUUUUUUUUAUGUGGCGGCUGGUGAGCAGGUGCUGCCAGUGGGCAAAUAGUUUGAAUUUUGUUUCAUUUUUAUGAUUUCAUGAAUGCGGUUCGUAUUUUAGCGGUCCAGCAGCGUAUGAUCCGACUGCAAUAACAAAAUCCGGACAUUGUUGAAUUCCAUGAACAGUGUCAGAAUUCUACAGUCCGAAUGGCCCUAUAUGCAGCCAGAUGGUUUUGCCCCAUUCGGUAUGCAGCAAUUUGGACUUUAUGAAUAACCCAGUAGUUUUUAACAAUAUCAUUAUCUGAUCAAUGAAGAUUGUUUAAGAACAUUUGGUCAACAUACAUGGGUCCAACCAGGUGGCUCCACUGAGCUGCCUCACUUAUUGGCUGAGAGCAUCAACUGAACUCUCUCACCCAAUGAGUGUGGCCCUGCAUGGCCAAGCCAAUCUUGGUGGCAGGAGCUUCUAGCAGCAGUGGUAAGUUGUCACUCCUGUAGGCUCUUGUGGUUAUAUUUCUUGGAGUGUUUAAAUGGACACAAUAGUCACCAGAAGAACUACAGCUUAUUGAAUUUAUUCUGGUGAGCAGAAUCAUUACCGUCAGGCUUUUUGCUGUAAACACUGUCUUUUCAGAGAAAAUGCAGUGUUUACAUUACAGCCUAAGGAUAACUGCACUGGCCACUCCUUAGAUAGCUGUUAGAGAUCCUUCCUGGGUCAUGGCUGCCUAAAAUGCAUCCAAACAUUCAGUGUCUCCUCCCUCUGCAUGCAGACACUGAACUUUCCUCAUAGAGAUUCAUUGAUCCAAUUCAUCUCUAUGAGGAGAUGCUGAUUGGCCAGGGCUGUGUUUGAAUCAUGCUGGCUCUGCCCCUGAUCUGCCUCCUUGUCAGUCUUAG